UCCACUACGACCAUCGCAGUGCCUCAACCCUGUUACUGAGUUUCCCCUUCAACCCUAGCUCUGACCAAAAGCUUCAGCUCUCGAUCAUGGCGUUCUCUGCUCGCCUCCUCUCCAAAUCCCGACAGCUGUAUGGGAGUCAACUCAUUUUACCACAGCACAAUGCCACACCUGUUCGUUUUUUUGCCAAAGAUGCUGCUCCCCCUCCCAAAGCUCUUAAGGGAGAAGAGAUGUUGAAGAACAUCUUUUCAGAUGUUAAGAAGAAAUUUGAAACUGCAGUGGGGAUACUUCGGAAGGAGAAGAUCACCAUUGAUCCAGAUGACCCAGCUGCUGUCUCUCAAUAUGCGAAGGUCAUGAAGACUAUCAGAGACAAGGCCGGCUUGUUAUCAGAAUCUCAAAGAAUUAAACACACCAUAGAAACAGAAACUCAAGAUAUUCCAGAUGCUCGGACGUACUUGCUGACAUUGCAGGAAAUAAGGGUCAGGGGUGGACUCACUGAUGAACUUGGUGCAGAGGCCAUGAUGAUGGAUGCCUUGGAAAAAGUUGAAAAAGAAAUGAAAAAACCUCUUAUGAGGAAUGACAAGCAAGGAAUGGCUCUUCUUCUGGCAGAAUUUGACAAGAUUAAUAAGAAGCUUGGCAUCCGGAAGGAAGAACUGCCCAAGUAUGAGGAAGAGUUGGAGCUCAAAAUUGCAAAGGCACAAUUACAAGAGUUGAAGAAGGAUGCUAUUGAAGCAAUGGAAACACAAAAGAAGCGGGAGGAAUUCAAGGAUGAGGCGAUGCCUGAUGUGAAGUCGCUCGAUAUCCGGAACUUUCUCUGAGAUGCAUUGCUAUUGAUGUUUCUAUUGGAGGUAAAACUCGGCAGUGGAAACAGAAUAUUCAGACUCCAGAGAGUACCUUUUCUGUUUUGCUGUUGUAAUAAAAUAGGAGCUGGCCUUUUGAAAGUGCACAACCUACUACUCGACUGCUGUUUUGUGUUAUCAAACACUCUUCUGCUUCCUGAAGCUUAGGAGGCUUGUUACUGUAUACAUUGAGAAGUGAUUCAGCAAGUUGCUUGCUGGUUUUCUUUUUGAAUAAUUCUUUUAUAGAAUAUUUUCAAUGAUGUUCUCGGCAUUUGUGUAGAACAUGGCAAGUUUGUUCCAAUAAAACUUUAUGCUUGAACAUGCACUCGGUGGCUUUGGUAUGUAACAAAACUUGGGGUCCUCU